AUGGAGGCCAGCGCCAAAGAAUUUCCUCUGUCGCGGUCUUUGUGUGACGUUCAGAUAUCUGAUGCUGUUCGGCCCAGUCCAGGGGGCCAGUGCAUCAACGUUGAUGCCGAAGGUGUCGCGCUGUGCACGGAUGGCGAGGAGCUCUACAGGGUUGACGUCCAACGGCUGGCGCGGGAGGGCGCCG